CCGCCCCCUCCGGCAGGGGUGUAGCCGGCUGCGGAGCUGACACCGGCUCCGCGGCCACCCUGUCUAAACUCUCCGGAAGCGGCCCGAGCCGACCGGGUACUCAGGCCGUCGCAGCUCCGGCGGACCCACUGUUGGACCCGAGGCGCCGGCCCUCCUCCCGCGCCCAAACUUGGAGCACUUGACCUUUGGCUGUCUGAGGAGGCAGACUCACGGGUGGCUGGACAGCUGCGGCACCUCGAGGGCAUCUUGCCUGGGGUUCCAGGACCGUCAGCUGCACUCCCGGGCUCCCAGCUUUGCCUCUGGGAUCCUGAGGAGUCUACAUCAGGCGCAUGUUGACUGAGACCUGGAGUCAUGGAUGUGUGCGCCCGUCUUGCCCUGUGGCUCCUCUGGGGGCUUCUCCUGCAUCACGGCCAGAGCCUCAGCCAAAGCCACAGCGAGAAGACGACGGGAACCGGCUCGGGGGCCAGUUCUGAGGAGUCCACUGUAGCAGAGUUCUGCCGGAUUGACAAGCCCCUGUGCCACAGUGAGGAUGAGAAGCUCAGCUUUGAUGCAGUCCGCAGCAUCCACAAGCUGAUGGACGAUGAUGCCAAUGGUGACGUGGAUGUGGAAGAAAGUGAUGAGUUCCUGAGGGAAGACCUCAAUUACCACGACCCAACGGUGAAACACAGCACCUUCCAUGGUGAGGAUAAGCUCAUCAGCGUAGAGGACUUGUGGAAGGCAUGGAAGUCUUCAGAAGUAUACAACUGGACCGUGGAUGAGGUGGUGCAGUGGCUGAUCACAUAUGUGGAGCUGCCUCAGUAUGAGGAGACCUUCCGGAAGCUGCAGCUCAGUGGCCAUGCCAUGCCGAGGCUCGCUGUAACCAACACCACCAUGACAGGGACUGUGCUAAAGAUGACAGACCGGAGCCAUCGGCAGAAGCUGCAGCUGAAGGCCCUGGACACAGUGCUCUUUGGGCCUCCUCUCUUGACCCGCCAUAAUCACCUCAAGGACUUCAUGCUUGUGGUGUCUAUCGUUAUUGGUGUGGGCGGCUGCUGGUUUGCUUAUAUCCAGAACCGUUACUCCAAGGAGCACAUGAAGAAGAUGAUGAAGGAUCUGGAGGGCUUACACCGAGCUGAGCAGAGUCUGCAUGACCUUCAGGAAAGGCUGCACAAAGCUCAGGAGGAGCACCGCACAGUGGAAGUGGAGAAGGUACACCUGGAGAAGAAGCUGCGUGAUGAGAUCAGCCUUGCCAAGCAGGAAGCCCAGCGGCUGAAGGAGCUGCGGGAGGGUACUGAGAAUGAACGGAGCCGCCAAAAAUAUGCUGAGGAGGAGUUGGAGCAGGUCCGGGAGGCCUUGAGGAAAGCAGAGAAGGAGCUGGAAUCACAUAGCUCAUGGUAUGCUCCGGAGGCCCUUCAGAAGUGGCUGCAGCUGACACACGAGGUGGAGGUACAGUACUACAACAUCAAGAAGCAAAAUGCCGAGAAGCAGCUGCUGGUGGCCAAGGAGGGGGCUGAGAAGAUAAAAAAGAAGAGAAACACACUCUUUGGCACCUUCCACGUGGCCCACAGCUCUUCCCUGGAUGAUGUGGAUCACAAAAUCUUAACAGCUAAGCAAGCUCUGAGCGAGGUGACGGCAGCACUGCGGGAACGCCUGCACCGCUGGCAACAGAUUGAGAUCCUCUGUGGCUUCCAGAUUGUCAAUAACCCUGGUGUCCACUCCCUGGUGGCUGCCCUCAACAUAGAUCCCAGCUGGAUGGGUAGUACGCGCCCCAACCCUGCCCACUUCAUCAUGACUGACGAUGUGGACGACAUGGAUGAGGAGAUUGUGUCACCCUUGUCCAUGCAGUAUGCUGCCUGGCUGAUGGGGCGUAGGUUCAGUGACCGCUGUCUCUGCUCAGCAUCCGCCGGCUCAGAUGAUCAGUCCCUCUGGAAAUACCCGGCCCCCAGCCUGCAGAGCAGCAGCGUCCGGCAGCGCCUGACGGAACCACAGCAUGGCCUGGGAUCUCAGAGGUUGGUAGAGGGCGAGGCUGGCCGCUUCUUGACAAGCCGGGUCUCUCUGUGGCGAAUGCGCAGUCUUUCAUCUGGACAGUCUUUCAGUUCUGAAGGCCUCGGGACCAGCGCUCCAUCUGCCUCUGCUUCUUCUUCCUGCUCCUCUACCACCACCACCACUGCCACCACCUCCAGCACCAUCACCACCACCACCACCUCCAUCACCACCGUCCACAUCCACCCUGUUUAUUACCACCACAGCACUUCCUAUUUCCUCCAGAUGGAGCCCUACCCUGACCCACCCCCUUCUGACAGCACCGCUGUGAUGCCUUGGCAUUCAGAGACCUUGGGGGAUUUGACCCAUUCCGAUUCGGAGUCCUCCCUCCACAUGAGUGACCGCCAGCGUCUGGUCCUCAAGCCUCCUCAGAUGGUCCGUGCUGCAGAUGAGGCUCUCAGUGCCAUGACUUCCAACGGCAGCCACCGGCUGAUUGAGGGGGUCCAUCCCGCCUCUCUGGUGGAGAAACUGCCUGACAGCCCUGCCCUGGCCAAGAAGGCACUGCUGGCACUGAACCACGGGCUGGACAAGGCCCACAGCCUGAUGGAGCUGAGCUCCCCAGCCCCACCUAGUGGUUCUCCACAUUUGGAUUCUUCCCGUUCUCACAGCCCCAGUUCCCCAGACCCAGACACGCCGUCUCCAGCUGGGGACAGCAGAGCCCUGCAGUCUAGCCGAAAUACACGUAUUCCCCACCUGGCUGGCAAGAAGGCCGUGGCUGAGGAGGAUAAUGGCUCCAUUGGUGAGGAGACAGACUCCAGCCCAGGCCGGAAGAAGUUUCCCCUCAAAAUCUUUAAGAAGCCUCUUAAGAAGUAGGCAGGAUGAGGGUGGCAGUUGUGGGACAGCUUGUCCUCACCUGGUCUUCUGCCUCCCCUUCCCUCCCUUCCAACAUACCUGGCCCCCAGCAUGGGGCAUGGGAGGGGCUGGCCCUGGGGCCUGGGCACUGUACAUACUUGCCCCCUGUAUCCUUGGGUCCUUCAACAUUAUUUAUUAACUGACCACCAUGGCCUGCCUGCCCUGCCUCCCUCCCAACCAUGGGCUGCUGCUGUCACUCCCUCUCCACUUCAGUGCAUGUCUUAGUUGCUGCCCCCUCAGCUCUCAGUCCAUCUCUGGGGUCCAGCUUCUGUCUCUGCUGUCCCAGUUUUGAGGUUUGGUUUCUUGUUUCUCUCUGUCUCCUGCUUUUGGGCUCCCCCCUGCCACUCCCCAACUUCCCCUAGAGGCUAGGGGGGAAGAGAGGGGCAGUAACUUCUGACACCUGUUCCUCAGAUCUCUUCCACCUCACCGACCAUGGUUCUGUUUGCCCCAGACUGGGGCCUAGGACCUAAUAUUUGCAGUUUGCUCUCUGGGAGUGUGGUGGGCCAGAGGGAACCUCGGCCUGGAGCUCACUGAGGCCUCCAGGGGUCCAUGGGGGAGCGAAACCAACUCCCAGAGAACAAGCCACUAGAGUUCUGAAGAGAGGCUAGGCUAGGGGAUAGAUCGGAAGAGACUUCUCCUAGCUGGAGGAUGAGUGGAAGCCAGAGGUGUGGGCUACAAAGCAGUCACCUUUUCUCUCUUCUCUCACUCACACCUGCCUCUCUCUUAUCCCCGCUCCCCCACCCUGCAGGAGGGUUUGUCUAUAAGAGGCGCUGCCCAAAUGCUCCCCAAGCCUCAUUACUCCUGAGGCUCAGGACAGUGGGCUCCCAUGGCCGUGGGAGCCUCAGCUAUGAUACAGGGCUCUAAUGGGGCCUUGGAGCUGCUGGGCAGGAUGUUGUCACAUUUGAACCAAAAGACAGUUUAAAGCUGAAAAAUGAAAUCUCCUGAAUUUCCCAAGUGCCUGCACUGCAUACUUGCCCUGUGAGACCCCAUUUUCAUGUUACUGCAUAGCCUGGGCCAGAGGCUCAAGAAGGACACAGCCGGUUUAGGGAAGGGGGUGGCUAAGGAAGAUGGUGUAGGUCAAGGUGGCUGUGUGACCACUCCCCCGCCCUUCCCACCCUCUAGACAACUCUCUCCCUUCCCUGUUUUUGCAAUGGCUGUAAAGGUAUUUUCCCUCUGCCCCACUCCCCGCAGUGUCUUUACUCUGGGAUCCUAUUUUGGGCCUGGGGUGGGGGCACCUGGGGCUGGUCUUGGGAGGGUGCUAGGCUGCAGACUGCCUUGUACCCCCUGGACACCCUCACAUGGGUUUUUCUGUGUUAUUUCAUAAGACUCUUUGAAGUCCAAUAAAGCAUGUAGGAGAUUUUAA